GUGUAUCCGUGAGUCCUGUUCAGUCCUUUUUCUGAGCGUGUAAAGUAUUCACGGAAAUCAGAGUGAAACUCCGUCAUCCCAGUUGUGUGUCCGUUGAUCGUUUCGUCUCGGCUCAUAAAAGGUUUUUCUUUCCUUUUUUCUCUCCGUUUUGUCCGUACUGCGAUACGAAUUUCGAGGAGAAUUUUAGUAGUGUGCCCCGCCCUAGCAACAGACUGAAUCAAUCCUUCGGUUUCGUACGCGAUUUCAAAGGAAGAAAAUUCGGUUACUCGGCUAUUAUAUCCUUGAAUCUUACGUUGAUUUUCGACUAGAGCCUUUUGGGUUUUUCUGUUCUCCCCGGGGAAAAGAGAUAUUUUAAAAUUGUUUUUCAUCCGUUUUCGGUGGAUUUCGGAAAUUAGUUUUCGUCGAAGGUAGCGCGUACCUACCCAUUGGCUGUUUGGCAUCCUGAAAGGAAAGCCGGUUCGUUAAUUUCGUCCACGACCUACGCAAAAUUUCGGUUUUUCGGUCGAUCGUGUAACUUAAGGACUGUUGUCGUGUUGCUUUAGCCGUCAACCCUCCAAAUUUCCUACGUUCAUUUGAAAGCCGAGGAAGUUAACUAAUCGCAUCAAAAUGAUUAUUGGAUUAGUUAGAGAUUCAGUUAUGCAGUGCUUCUGCCACACGUGCCGGGCACCUGUAUUGCCGGCAGCUGUGGCUUCAAAACGGUUUGCAGCGCCUAUGAAGAAAAGUAAUAAAAUCCGAGCAAAACAGCCACGCUCAUCAAAGAAAGUGAAAUUUAUUACAACUGAAAUUCGUUGCCAAGAGAAAUCCAAGGGAGGCUUGAGCUACGAAGUCAUUUUAGCUGAACCGGCACCAAAUGCAACACUGCCAAAACGUCCAACAACUCCCGGUAAAAAUGUAUCGGUCGAAGAAAUUGAACAAAAACUUAAAGCUGCCGAAGAGCGUAGAGUCUCGUUAGAAGCUAAGAAAAUGGCCGAAUUAUCGGCUAAAAUGGCUAAAAUAGAGGAAGCAUCACGUAAGAAGGAUGAACUCAACAACGAAUUUAUCACGCAAACUAAGGAAGCUUUGGAAACAAAGAUGGAACAGUAUGAGGGUAAACGUGAAGCUAUUAUUAGUGAUUUAAAGGAAAAACUAAAGAUUCAUUCACAGGAAAUCGAGAAGACACGAACAACAUUGGAGCAACAAAAAACCAUAGAACGUGUGGCCAUUGAGGAAAAAUUGAAAACUGCCCAAUCAUUACGUGAUGAUAACAUCAAGAAAAUGUUGGAACGCCUAAAGGAACAUAACACAGUAAAAAUCGCCGAAAUAAAAAAUCACAUCGAUACACUGGAGAAUCAAAAAGUCGAGGAAACAACGCGCAUUAUUGAGAACAAAUUGUACACAGCCGAACAGAAUCGUGAGAAGGAAAUACAAAAGAAAUUAGAGAAUAUUCGAAAACAUGAAAAGCGUGCAGAAAUGGUUCGUCAGAAUAAAGCAGCAUUGACCACCGGAAACGAAGGAGAAAGUGAGAGUCCAAUUACUGCUUAAUCUGGUUAAAAACUAUACACCGCUAAUUAUAAAAUAAUAAAAAAUAAUGGAAACAUCUGAGAUCUAACAAAUAUUAAGAAAAUACAAAACCUAUUAUUACAAUUCGACAUAUUAACGUUUAAUAAACAGAAGAACAACAACCAACACGAGAAAAAUAUUGUAAUUUGCCACAAUUAAGGAUAUUAUUAUGAGUUAAGAACUUCUUCUGCUUCUUUCAUUACAACAGAUAUUCAUUUCAUUUCUUUUAACUAAAAUUUAUUAUAUAUUUUUAAAUUAGUCUUAGUCAUUAAAACAAAAUGAACACAAAAUAAAUUGUUUUCCAAAUAUACGCCACUGUAGUGAAAAGUUGUUUUCUCUUAAUUGCAUUAAUUCAAUUUUCAACUUUAACAAAGAAGAAAUGACUUGAUUUCCGAGCUUGAUUGAGAAUUACACACAUGCAUUCAUUCAUUCACACAUUUGUUGAUCUUUCUCGUUCGAUUUUGCAUUAAAACAUACAAAUCUUAGAAUCCUUUUGAUUGACAAUUGCUAAAUUGAUUGUAUGAAAAUCUGCUUGUCUAAAUCUUAUACACUCCGAAGGCGAAAGCAAGAGAAAAUGACGCUUUUCAAGCAACACAAACAGCAACAAAAGACUUUGAAAGAUCUAAACUAAAAAUCACCGUAACCUUCUACAUUCGCGUACAAGUGUGAAAUGUUUAGUGAUCUGAAACCGUUUGUUUGGAGUUACGAUAGAUAUUUUGGGUUCAACUUAAUGGAGAGAAUAUUUACCUAACAUAACAAAUUUAUAUCGAAAAAUAUUAACUUGAGAGACUACUUAACUGUAUUAUCGAAGGAGAAAAUCCACAUGCUAUAAUCAAAACCCGCUCAUUUUAAACGCUUCAAGAGAAAUUUCUUUUCAAACUAUAACGCCUCUAUAUAUCCCCUUGGAAGGAAGAAGACAGAAGCUAAAUAAUAAUUCACAUCAUUCGACGAAAUGAGAAUCGUUUAAGACAAUUAACACAAUUUAUAUAUAUUCUAUAUGAAACGAUUAUUUCUGUUUAAUCAAUCAGCACUGAAAGGAGCAUGAAAUCUGCCCAAAUUUUCGUGGGCGUGUGUCUCUUACGAUUCACCAGUGAAUCUGCCUCAGUGCAUUGAUUUUUGGAUUUAAGCAAAAAAGCUAGAAAAUUUAAGAAAAAAAUAUAACACAAAAGAUAACAUUCGAAAGCGAGAAGCAGCUAACAUUGAUUGGAAAUGGGAGUGGGAGUAACACAACUGAGAUGAUGAUUAUAUAUAGUUCUUAGGAAGUAAGUUUUAUUAUUUUUUACAAGGUGAAAAUGAAACAA